UAUCUCCCUUGGUGCACGUCAGAGACAUUUUGUUGCUUCAAAAUGGCGGCUAUAUCAGAGUCUGACAUUCUUGAGAAACGGAUUGGAAUAUUGGAGAAUCUGGUCUUUGGAUUGUCUGAUAAGGACACUGAAUAUCCAAAGUUUGCUCAACCAGAAACUUCUCCCGUAUUUGCUAAAUCAACCAAUGUCAAGUGUAUUGAUGCAUUGAACAAUGUCCAUUCCAAAAUAAAUGUUUCUGUGGCUGGGCGUAAGAACAUCACCGAAACCUUUAAUAAAUUACCAGACCUUCAAAAAUAUUUGGAUCCAGAAUUCGCUGAUGAACUUACCAUAACUCCAUCAGCCAAAACAGAAAUGAUCCUGGCUGAAGAGGAUUUCAUAAUGCAGACAGCUUCAACAAUGCAAACACUUAAAGAGCUAGAGCCUAUAAUUAGCAGUGAACAUGUAAAAGGAGCUCCAUACUUUUCAUGUAAGUCCCAAAUGCACAUAAUUCAACUGCUUACUGUUAAAUGCUUCACCAUCACCAGUGAACAGCUACAGUUAAAUAACAAUCCUUUUACUACCAUUACUACUUUCCCCUCUAUCUAUCCGACCUAUAUUAGAGUUGGGUAG